CAGACAGUGACUAAGAGACAUUGUCUGAGCUCAAAAUUGUGAAGGAUUCUAUUUUUAAUACUGGAAGCUUUAGGAUUUUCCAAACUUCUGUUUUGUGGUGAUUGAACUAAUAUGAUUGGCCCUGAGUGUGCUGCCCGAAACAGAUAAUAACCAUUCCCAAUCUCCCUCAAACUUUGUUGAGUCCUACAGCACUGUCCACUCUUCCCCACUUUCCCCAUCCCUCUCUAGUGAUCCUUUUGAGUCUAUGGGUAUAUUCUCUGAUCUUCAUUCUUCUCUGGCACCUCCGAAACCUCCAAGGAGUUACAUUGAGUCCCCUAGAAACAGCAUGGAAAACCUUCCUGGAGUUGGGUCUGCUACCAAAUUUGAGAAGAAGCGAAGGGCUCCUCUACCCCCUGAUUAUCCUGGGGGCUCUUCUGGGACUGAGAGCCACCAUCCAGAAAUUGGGGAACAAGUGCAUAACCAGAACUCCAAAGAUAGUCAAAGGCCUUCUCUUCCUCUCCCAGACUAUGAAUCCCUCUACCACAAGAAGAGGCAUGGGGUGAUGAGUCAAACACAUUGGGAACAUGUUAUUGCAGAAGUAAACCAGAGAAACUGGGAUCUCUCUGAAGAAAUGAAUGUUGAUGGGCCUGAGCAGCCUAUGCCAAAUAAAUUAGCUAUUUUAAAGGAUAGAACCUCAGCCAGCCUUAACCAGCAUCAAAGGAAUCACGAGACACCUCCCCCUGCUACCUUGAGGCACAAAGAAGCACUCAUCCCACCCAAAGCAACUGCUCCAGCCACACCAAAGCUAUUGGUUGAAGGUAAUGUCCAGCAUAGUCACAUCAAAGAGCCUAUAUAUGCCACUGUCAAUAAGCCUGGCCACUUUGCUUCCAAAAACAUGGAAAACAUCCCAUCUCCAAUGGUUCAGGGUCAACAUGUACCUCAAGAAACUGAAAGGAAGUCUCAUACUCCUCAUGUUGUUACCCAUCAACCUUCCCAGUCAAAAGAGAGGCCAACACCAGCUGCCAGAGCUGUCCCUAAUGUAAAUUCAAAGGCUGAUAAGGAAUCAAAUGAUGAUGUGGCUAAAGAGAUGCCUUCGGUCAAACCCAGACAACGCACAUUAAACAAGGAUCCAGUUAAACAAGUCCAACCCGAAAAGCUGUUUAUAACUCAUCCUAUGACAUCGGAAAACAACCAAGGUGAUAAGCCUCAGAAUGGUGCCAUUAGUACAUCCACAAAUAAUGGUCCUGGCCAGUGGGAAAGUUUCUCUUUGGAGAAUGUAGAUGAAGCAGACCACUCCAAAACCAUUGUGACAAAAGAACGGCUUGUGGCAAAACUUGCCAAAGAACCUAAGAAGGGGGUGAUUAAACUCGAUCCAUUCCCAAAUGAUAACCUUAUAUCCAAUGACUCCUGGACUUUAACACAGCAGAACAUGAAAGAUGACCCGUUUACUGAGGGCCCAAAGAAAAUGGAAAAUCGUGAAGAUCAGAUGCUACUUAAUAUUGAUGACAAAGAUAACCUAUUUGCAAACAAAGGGACAAAUGAUCCCUUCACACAAAUUUCUGAGAACAGAAGGCCACCAAAAUUGGAACCCAAAAAAUCACCCAGCUUCACUGAUCAAGCCAGAGCCACAUUCCAAAGAAAUUUUUCACUUAGAAAGAAAAACUCUUCUCGCCAAAACACAAAUUCUGGGAAAGCUCUUACAGAGAAAGUUAGCCUGGGUAGAUCGGUUUCUCAGUAUUCACAAGAUGCUGAUGAUGUGGAGCUGACUGUAACUAGUGUUGCUCCACCGAGCAGAACUGAACCCACCCUGGUAACAUCUGAGCCCCCAAUGGGUGGCCCUUCUGGUGGCAAGACAGCUGUCCGUGCUUGGGUCUCACCAUCAGAGGCUCAGCCUGUUACACUUCAGGGUGGUAGUGGAAGUGCAGUUUUAAAUCCACGAAGGCCUCACCCAGUAAAACCCAUGAGCUCAGAGAGUCAGGCGCUCAGUUCUCUCGCUGUGGGGAAAGAUAUGAAGACCAUCACCAUCAAGGAAAUGGCUGAGAAGUCAAAGAAUGGAGAGAGCGGUCUGUACACCCAGCUCACACAGGAGGAACUGAUCACACUGGUGGUGAAGCAACAGGCUGAACUUUCUAAGAAAGAUGCCAGGAUCCAAGAGAUGGAGGAUUACAUUGAUAACCUGCUUGUUCGCGUCAUGGAAGAGAAACCCAGCAUCCUGCUUUCACUUCAGUCCAAGUGUUAGGGCUUGAUCCUAGCAUUUCAGUUGACUAUGGCCAGAUCAUAACACUGAGACACUGUAAUGCUGUGUAAUUUGUCUGAUCAAGCCAGAAGGAUUUUUAAUUUGAUUCCUAAUGUAACUCACAUCUUAUAAUCGUUUUUAUUUUUCCCCUUGAGUAUUUAACGCAUAGUAGAGUUGCUGGCAUCUUCACAUUCUAAUAUUGAACUAUCCUUUUAACAUUACUUUGGAAAGUGGAUUUGUAUAAUAUAUCAAGUCUACCAAGACAAUGUCAGAAUGCUACAGUUUCUUGUGUUCUCAAGGGUCUGUUGUAAUCGACUGGAUACAGGGGUAUUAUUUUGUUUUUUGCUGAUAGGAGCAGGGUAUGAGCUCCUCCAAAAGCUAUCCAACAACGAUGACAGCCUAUUUAUCGAUUAUCCACUUUAGUUUUUUUUGUGCACAGCGAUCUGUCCAUUUAGGCAAAGAUGCUUUCGGAGCAGAGUAUGAGCUCCUCCAAAAGCUGUCCAACAACGAAGACAGCCUAUUUAUCGAUUAUCCACUUUAGUUUUUUUUUGUGCACAGCGAUCUGUCCAUUUAGGCAAAGAUGCUUUCCUAAAUGCAUUAUUUAUAUUAGCAUCUCAAGCUUCUAUUUGAAGACUUCCCUUCUGCCUGAAGUGAUUUGUGUUUGGAUCAUGACUGCUGACUAGUGUCUAUAUCAGAACGCUUGCAUUAUUGAUGAUACGGCCUUAUCUCUGUUGGGGCUUAAGUUCAAAUCAAGGGACAAAUCCUCUUACUGUUGCUGGGAUAUGCUGUACGUUUAGACUAUAAGCACUUUUUACUCGAAUGGGGUGUUUUAUUUAUGAAGGAUUACUAUUUUAUACUGAAGACAUUAUCUGAAGUACACUGAUGUUCUGUAGAAAUACCUUAAUGAAGAAGUAUUUUUUGUUACCUACACUUCUGCUAUUGAAAAUUCCUAAACCCUACAUAAUUUUCAUUGCUCUGGUCAAUUUUGGGCAAUAUCGGGCAAUUGUGCUCAUUUUAAAGUGAAUUUAAUUUUUAGCUGAGUCAGCUGUUGAAUCAGUCAAAUUCAAAAUUAGUUUGUAUAUUACAGUGAUAUUAUUGACCAGGGAUUAAUGAGCAUUCAUUGUGAAGACAUUCUUAAGAAGUGUAUUGACAUUAACGUUUUGUGUACAUACUGUGACAUUCUGCAGUUCUUUAAUGGAUAAGCUAUAACCGCUUGCAGAAAUUCAGGUAAUACAGUACUUUCUACAAACCAGGAUUUUUACGAUGUAAGUAACAUGUAGCUAUUUACAGCACAGUCUUCUCAGUGAUGUAGAGAGCUUUUCUGUUGUGGAAACAAAGAUCCAUGGUUUAAGAAUAUACUGAAGUCUUCUUACCCUACCAACAAUAACCUUAACAUUAUGCACCAGUAGCUAUAUUCAUAAAUAUUAAUAUUUUAA